AUGGACGGUAGCCGCGGGAGCCCCCGGAUCCGGUCCACGGCCCUCGCAGCGGGCGCGGGGAUGGAUUACGACCUCGCCAUUGGUGAUCAGGGUGAGUUGUGGGAAUGGCAGAGUCAGGAGUAUGAUCUGCAGAAAGAUUUACUAGCUGCUCCAUGUAGCAGCUUGUGGGCUGAAGCAAGCAACAAUGUGGGUGACGAUUGGAGCAUGUUCGAUGAUCAAACACCAAAUGUGGGUGACGGUUGGAGCAUGUUCGAUGAGCAAACACCAAUUAAACAUUGUGCAGACUUCGAAUUCCAGUUCUGUGAUAUAGGAGAAAUCAUUGUCAAGGACUUUGAAGAAGGGAAAGAAACUUUACAGGCAAAACGCAGACGCAUGCUGCAGUUCUGUCCAGAAAAUGCUGAGAUGACAUGUUCUAUGACUGAAGAUGGGCUUUCGGAAAGUCUUCAAGAGAUGGAUUUUUCAGGUACUGACUGUUUGCUGAACUCGGAUGGGAUUGAUGAACUGCCAGAAGAAUGGCUAGUUAAUUGCUCACAAGAUAUCGAACCUUGUUUACCUGCAGAAGAAAUGAAUAGCCCUGCUGCUGCCACGGAAAAUGCUGUCGAUAUCUCUGUGCAUUCGAAUUCUUCACCUCAUCAACAGUCCAUCAUAGCCAACAACAAUCCUGCACAAGCUAGACCUACACCGCUGAAAGCUGGCAAAAACAUUAUCGGAUCAAAGAAGGUGAGAACAUGUGUGGCCUUCCCGUUCGAGCUUGUCAAGCCGUGCAGCUUCAGUGGCGACGUCACCUUGAACGACAUAAACAACAAGAUCCACGCUCCACCACCGUACAAGAUCAGGCACAAGAGCCAUGAGGAGCCCAACUCACUCCAAGCCUCGGCUAUCUCGGGGAAACCUGUGGUCCACAAGACCAAGAUCCACACCGAGGGGGGAAAGGGGAGCAUCACGAUCACAAGAACUAGAGGCUAA